GCGCGGGCCAGCCGGGGAAAUGGGAGACUUUGUGAAAUAGGGGCGCGCGCUCGCCCUCUCUCGCUCCCCCCCCCCCCCGCCCAUGGAGAAAGGGGCGGCUGUUUACUUCCAUUUUCUCGAUCAAACAUUUCCCUCCCGCUCCUCCCCGCGUCCGCACGCCAAGUUGUGGAUCUGGGCUGCGGUGGGAGCCGCGCGCGGCGGGCGAGCGGGCGAGCGGCGCCGCGGCCGGCCGGGAGCUGAUACUCGCUGAUGGACUCCAAAGAAUCGUUAGCUCCCCCCAGUAAAGAAGUCCCCAGCAGUGUUCUUGGCCCAGACAGGGGGAAUGUGAUGGACUUCUAUAAAACCUUCCGGGGAGGAGUCACCGUGAAGGUGCCAGCCUCUUCGCCCUCCCUGGCUGCUGCUGCUGCUGCUGCUGCUCUCCAGACAGACUCCAAGCAGCCCAGACUCGUGGUGGAGUUCCCAAAAGGAUCAGCAAGCCAUGCGCCGCCGCAGCCAGACCUGUCCAAAGCCGUUUCUCUCUCCAUGGGACUGUACAUGGGAGACACGGACACGAAAGUGAUGGGGAACGACCUGGGAUUCCCCCAGCAGGGCCAGCUCAGCCUCUCCUCUGGGGAAACGGACUUCCGGCUGCUGGAAGAGAGCAUUGCCAACCUCAGCAAGUCGACCGGUGUCCCAGAGAACCCCAAGAGUUCAGCGUCGGCCCCCACCGAGAAGGAGCUCCCCCAAACUCACCCCGAGGCGUGCCCCGAACAGCUGAACCUCAAGAGCCAGGCCGGAACCAACGGGGGGGAUGUCAAGUUGUACACCGCAGACCAAAGCACCUUCGACAUCUUGCAGGAUUUGGAGUUUCCUCCCGGGUCGCCAGGUAAAGAGGCCAGUGAGAGCCCUUGGAGGUCAGACUUGUUGAUCGAUGACAACUGUUUGCUUUCUCCCUUGGCCGGGGAGGAGGAUCCAUUCCCCUUGGAAGGAGAUGCCAGUGAGGACUGCAAGCCUCUCAUUUUACCGGACACGAAGCCCCAAAUGAAAGAUAAUGGGGAGACGAUCUUAUCCAGCCCCAGCAGCGUGCCACUGCCCCAAGUGAAAACGGAGAAGGAAGAUUUCAUUGAACUCUGCACCCCUGGGGUAAUUAAGCAAGAGAAACUGGGCCCAGUUUACUGUCAGGCAAGCUUUUCUGGGGCAAAUCUAAUGGGUAAUAAAAUGUCUGCCAUUUCUGUGCAUGGCGUGAGCACCUCUGGAGGGCAGAUGUACCACUACGACAUGAACACCGCAUCCCUUUCUCAGCAGCAGGAUCAGAAGCCUAUUUUUAAUGUCAUUCCACCAAUUCCUGUGGGUUCCGAAAAUUGGAAUAGGUGCCAAGGAUCUGGAGAUGACAACCUGACUUCCUUGGGAACUAUGAACUUCCCUGGCCGGUCUGUUUUCUCUAAUGGCUACUCAAGCCCUGGACUGAGACCAGACGUAAGCUCGCCUCCUUCUAGCUCCUCCACGGCCACAGGCCCACCUCCCAAACUCUGCCUCGUGUGCUCCGACGAGGCCUCGGGAUGUCACUACGGGGUCUUGACGUGCGGAAGCUGCAAAGUGUUCUUCAAGAGAGCGGUGGAAGGUAGACAGCACAAUUAUCUUUGUGCUGGAAGAAACGACUGUAUCAUUGAUAAAAUUCGCAGGAAAAACUGCCCUGCCUGCCGCUAUCGAAAAUGUCUUCAGGCUGGAAUGAACCUGGAAGCUCGGAAAACAAAGAAAAAGAUAAAGGGAAUUCAGCAAGCCGCGGGCGGCGUCCCCGUGGACGCUUCUGAAAACCCCAACAAAACCAUGGUCCCGGCCACGCUGCCGCAGCUCACGCCCACGCUGGUGUCCCUGCUGGAGGUCAUCGAGCCCGAGGUGUUGUACGCGGGCUACGACAGCUCCAUCCCCGACUCCACGUGGCGGAUCAUGACCACCCUCAACAUGCUAGGCGGCCGCCAGGUGAUCGCCGCCGUCAAGUGGGCGAAGGCCAUCCCAGGCUUCCGGAACUUGCACCUGGACGACCAAAUGACUCUCCUGCAGUACUCCUGGAUGUUCCUCAUGGCCUUUGCCCUGGGCUGGAGGUCCUACAAACAGACCAGUGCGAACCUGCUCUGCUUUGCGCCUGAUCUCAUCAUCGACGAGCACAGAAUGGCUCUCCCCUGCAUGUACGACCAAUGCAAGCAUAUGCUCUUUGUCUCCUCCGAGUUGCAGAGACUUCAGGUGUCUUAUGAAGAAUAUCUCUGUAUGAAAACCUUACUGCUUCUCUCUUCAGUUCCAAAGGAAGGUUUGAAGAGUCAAGAGCUAUUUGAUGAAAUCAGAAUGACCUACAUCAAAGAGCUAGGAAAAGCCAUUGUCAAAAGAGAAGGAAACUCCAGCCAGAACUGGCAGCGUUUCUAUCAGCUGACAAAACUUUUGGACUCCAUGCAUGACGUGGUUGAAAAUCUCCUUAACUACUGCUUCCAAACAUUUUUGGAUAAGACCAUGAGUAUUGAAUUCCCAGAGAUGUUAGCCGAAAUCAUCACCAAUCAGAUACCAAAAUAUUCGAAUGGAAAUAUCAAAAAACUUCUGUUUCAUCAAAAGUGACUGCCUUACUAAGAAUGGUUGCCUUAAAGAAAGUUGAACUUAUAUAGCUUUUACUGUACAAACUUACCAACUUGUCUUGUAGAGGUUCUGCUGGUUUUUUUUCUUCCUUCUGUUGUUGUCUGUUUUGUUUUCUUUUAAAUACGCACUACAUGUGGUUUCUAGAGGGCCCAGACCUGGCGAUAGGAGAAGUUGAGCUGUCCCUUGAUGGCGGGUACAGGGUAAAGCUCUUAGUUGCUGUGUCCCAGAAAGGAAAGGCAGGGUGAGGGCCCGCCCCACUCCCCGGAAACGAAGGCGCCCAAGCCACCAGUGCCCACGGUCCGUGUGAAGAUCUUUCUGCUCAUACUUUUCAGUUGGCUGGAUAAAACCUUCUAGAUUUUUUGUUGUUGGUGGUGGUGUAUUUUCCCAUGUAUAGUUAGGAUAGCAUUUUUGAUUCAUGCAUGGAAACCUGAAACAAGUUUACAAGUGUAUAUCAGAAAAGGGAAGCUGUGCCUUUUAUAGCUAUUACUGUCUGGUUUAAACAAUUUCCUUUAUAUUCAGUGAACUACGCUUGCUCAUUUUUUUCUUACAUAAUUUUUGUAUUCAAGUUAUUGUACAGCUGUUUAAGAUGGGCAGCUAGUUCAUAGCUUUCCUAACUAAACUCUAAAUAUUAAUUUUCUGUGUGAAAAUGGGUUGGUGCUUCUAACCUGAUGGCACUAAGCUAUCAGAAGACCACAAAAAUUGACUCAGAUCUCCAGUAUUCUUGUCAAAAAGAGAAAAAAAAAAUUUUAAAAAAAAGAAGCUCUUCUUUUGUAUAUAUCUGCUUCCAGGGAGAAUUCUAUAGAAUCGUGCAGAUUCGUUGCCCUAACUGGUGUCCAGCACCUCGUCCGGGGGCCUGCUGGGUAAACCUCGGAGGACGGUUUGCAAAGUCUCAUUUUAAAACUUAAUCAUUAUGGAGAGGCACCAUGCCCUAUCUGCAGUGGUUACAUGGCAAGAACGUUGGUAAAUUAAUUCUUUUGGGACCUUUGUAAUUUGUGUAACUUCCUAAAAGCGGUGAUUCCAAAUAAGCAGCCGUCCCACGGUGGAGGGAUUUUUUUUUUUUUCUUAAAUCAGACCAAGGAAUUCUUCCCGCUAAACUUCACCCCCCGGCUCAAUUCCUAAUAUGGCAAACGUGGCUAGAUACCCAUUUUCACAUCCGCCUCUCGCAUCAAUUGGUCUCAGUCCUGGUGGUACAGGAAAGUUCAGCUACUGAUUUCUUUUGUGAUUUAGAACUGAAUGUCAGACCUCCGUGUUGUAGGACUACACAUCCUCUGUGUGUGCCAUAAAAUUUCACAAGUCUUGUGGAUUUCUUCACUGUUGAAAAUUAUGAUUUUAAACGAAACAGAAGCUGUAGUAGCCCUUUUUCUGCGUGCACCUUACCGACUUUCUGUAAUCUCACACUUAACAUAUUUACUAAGCCACAAGAAAUUUGAUUUCUACUCAGAGUGGCCAAAUUAUUUGUGUAAUGGAAAACUGAAAAUCUAAUAUUAAGAAUAUGAAACUUCUAAUAUAUUUUUAUAUUUAGUUAUAGUUUCAGAUACAUAUCAUAUUGGUAUUCACUAAUCUGGGAUGGGAAGGGCUACUGCGGCUUUACAUGCAAUUUAUUAAAAUGACUGUAAAAUAGCUUGUAUAGUGUAAAAUAAGAAUGAUUUUUAGAGGAGAUUGUUUUAUCACGACAUGUUCUAUAUUUUUUAUAGGGGUCAAAGAAAUGUGGAUGGAUUUCCUACGCCGUAGUGCGCGCGCGAAGCCUUCACGGAGGCAUUAGCGCGCUCGGAAACCCAGCAGGUUUGGCCUGGGAGAGGGAGGCGGCCGGGCCCGACCGAGGCCCCGACCCCAGGCAUCCCCGCCCUGACCACCGCCCCCGUGCCGCUGCGCGCGUGUCAGCGUGUCAGCGCAGGCGUGGUUCCCGCACGCCCCCCAGGUGUGAGCGGGCGCAGGCAGGACAGCACGAGCACCGUCUAACGGCAGGUGGCCUUCGCGGACGGCCUCUCCCACGGGCCGCGCGCGCAGGGCUUGAGAAGCUUGGCAAUAAUCAGCAGAGGGGUGCCAGCAAUAUGUACAUAGUGCAGAACCGCCUAGGACGCCAAUAAUACACUAAUUCCUUUCCAUCCUCUCUAGCUCAUUUCCAGGGAGAAUGAGGACGUGUUGAUGUUUUCUUCGAAUGCCUUUUGAAUGUUGUUACUUUCAGUAUUUUUGCAGAAAUUAUUUAAUAAAAAGGUAAUCAUUUGCUUUCUUGAAUGCUCUCGAGAAAGAAUCCUUUAGUGGUGGUUUCAGUUGAUCUCAGUUCUCGAAGAUGGUUGUAAACCCAGCUGCAUGUGAAGUUUCUGGUGCCUAAGAAAUACCACUUGACUCUCAUCAAUGACAGUGUUAAGUUUCCAAAAGAGCUUCUCCAAAGCGGUGAUCGUUCACUUCGAGGGUCGUGCGGUUCUCGCCCAACGCCCGCACGCAUCAGCCCCGGCCCGGCCCCUCGGCUCGCGGGAAACAGAUGUGUGCUCUGCUGGCCGCCGACACUCACAGACCCACUGGAGGCUUCUCACCAAGAGAACAAGCUGCGUGCUCUCCUUAGAGCUCGUGGGGAGGAGGAAAGGUAUCCUAACUGCGUCUGAGUAGACUCAUGUGCAAAAAUAGCUAUCCUGUGCGUGAGCGCAGCUUCCUCUGCUCUGCGUGCGGUCUCUCGCCAUCCCCAGCGACUUAGGUGUAGGGCUAGCUCAAUGCGCACCGGUGACUGCAAGGAUGCUGAAGAGUAGUCGUAAUUAUGGUUUAAAAGAAGCGAUUCUUGGGGUGUUUUCAGGCCUCAGCGUGGGGUACCGCACACGCGGUGGUGAGGAGCUUGGGGCGUUACAGUCUGGGGUUUACACGCCCAGGGAACGGAAGGAACACACCUGCCUUCUUGGGGCACGACCAGCACACCUCGGCCACCCCACAGAGGAAAGCGGGGCGAGUCUGGGAGGAGCUGGGUGCGGGCAGCGGCCUGGGCCGCUCUGGGGGGCGGGCAAGCGAGGCAGCGUGGCUCGGAGAGGGCAGACCCACGGGGAGGGCGGGCAGGAAGCCUUUCCCACACCUGUCCGCCGCGGAAUGAGCGGGAGGACCGCCAGGGAGCUCGUGGCCUUUGGGGAGAUGCUGAUCUCAGUUGGUCACCCCACCCGUAGCUGUAGCUGAAUGUGCUUUUCUGUGCCUGGUUUUCAGUGUUGGGAGGGAAAAAUAAAAGUGUACGAAAAACGCUUUACAUCACUUUGGAUGACAGUUUUAUCAUUUUCAAUCAACCCGGUCCACCGAGGAAAAGUGGCCAGGUUUUCAGGAAAGGGUUAUUAGCUUCUCUAGAAAAUGUCUGAAAGGAUUUUAUUUUCUGAUAAAAGACUGUAUAAAAAUGCCCUCCUUAAAUAACUUGCUUAACUACAUAGAGAUUCAAGUGUGUCAAUAUUCUAUUUUGUAUAUUAAACAAAUGCUAUAUAAUGGGGACAAAUCUAUAUUAUACUGUGUAUGGCAUUAUUAAGAAGCUUUUUCAUUAUUUUUUAUCACAGUAAUUUUUAAAUGUGUAAAAAUUAAAACCAGUGACUCCUGUUUAAAAAUAAAAGUUGUAGUUUUUUAUUCAUGCUGAAUAAUCUGUAGUUUAAAAAAAAUGUCUUUUUAUCUACGCAGUGAAAUGUCAGACUGUAAAAUCUUGUGUGGAAAUGUUUAACUUUUAUUUUUCAUUUAAAUUUGCUCUCCUGGUAUUACCAAACCACACAUUUGUACUGAACUGGCAGUUAAUGUUACUUAGCCAUUUACAGCAAUGCCAAAUAUGGAAACAUCAUAAUAAAAUACCUGCUUUUUUCA